AUAUUAUGUAUGUAUAUGUAUGUAUGUAUGUAUAUGCAUACCAUCUUUAUUCCAGCGCUAUAUAAGAGCUAGUGUGUCUCGUAGAAUUCUUAAAGUUGCCAGUGGCGGAUGUUAUAGAUUUUCAGAAGACAUCAUUAUCCUUCAGAGAUCAAUUAAUUCUAUUUAUGUAUGUAUUAUAUACAUAUUAUUAUGCAUUUGUGCAUGCAUGCAUGCAUAUUUAUCAUGAGGCAACCAGUAAUUAUAUGUAUCGCAUGGGUAACAAAAAUUGUGCGACAUAUCCAAGCCUGUAAAUAGCUCACAUCCAGUGUGCAUGCUCUUUAUGUGUAUUGUAUUAAUACUUAGGAACGUCUCAGAUUUAUUUAUGUACAGAUGUAUACAUGUACGCAUGCAUAUGCAUAUGUAUGCAUAUGCACAUACAUACAUGCAUAAAUAUAAGUUGACCGAGGAACCCGUGACUUUAAUGCCUUUGUCACUAAAUCCACAAUUCAUUAUCAGUCCCAGACCUUUCUUGUUUAAGGGCAUCUACAUAAAUACAUGUUUACAGACAUUUGCAUGUACAUACAUACACAAUUUAUUUCUGACUAAAUUUUCUUGUGUAUUAACCUCUAACAAAAUGUUCAGGCUUGAUUUAGUCCAUUAAACCGUCACGUACAAAGAACUUAUAUCUUUACGAGUUUACAACGAAAAAACACGACUACAAGAACAAGAAGACUGCCCGAAAUAAUGAGUAAUUCCAUUAAUAUGGACACAAUGACGCCACAAAUGGAUCCUCCUCCCAACCUUAUCACCCCCCAAGAUAAGCACAUUCCCACCUUCCCCCUCCAAGUCUCCCACCCUACCGCCACCCCCGCCCAAAUCGCCCUCUCCUCCGCCAUCCUCACCGGAAAGGACGACCUCGUCCGCGCCCUGUACGCCAAAACGUACGCCAAGAUCUCCACCGCCACUUACGACUGGGCCGUCAUCGUGCUCAUGCUCCUGCUCGGGCUGACCUCUGACCUCGUCGCGACGUACACCAAUCCCAACUCCACCGCCGAAUUCGACACGGUCUUCGUCGGCAUCGCGUCCUCCCUGAUUAUCCUCGUCUCCCAUGUCGACGCGUGGUUUAAACAUCAUUACAUCGGCGCCGACGCGGCGAUCGGGGUCGUCUUCGGGGUUCACAGACUCAUCUUGUCGGUCCGGACGGGGUGGGCGUGGGCCGGGUCUUUCGGGUCCGGGUCCGGGUCUUCCCGGGGGAUUGUCCUGCCCGAGUGGAUGUUCCAGAUUUACAUGGGGGUCAUGAUCUUUAUCGGGGAAAAACAUGUCAGCACGGCGACUGCGGUCAUUUUGUACAUGAAUUUGGCGUUGAACUGUAUCAUUUUGGGGUUCCGGUAUCCCCUCGUUACCAUGGCGAUUGUCCUCGUGUAUGUGCGGAGUGGACGGGAAAGUAUGGAAAGGCUGGAUGAAUUUGUGAGAAGAUGGAAAAAUUGGGUGGCUGCUGGGUUUGGGGUAUUGCUCGGGGCGGUAUUUGUGUAUGUACAGGUUAAAGAGAAUUCCGAAGCGGUGGGGGUUUUACAGGAGAAAAUGGUGGAGUGGAAAUCGUGGGCUAAACCGGUGAGGAGUUUUAUGAUUUUGUGGGGUGGUUUGAUGGGAAUUAUGGCAGUUAUGUGGGGAAGUUUUGAAUAUUUUUGGGGUAGGGGUGUUUCCCUGGUGAAAUUGUGGGAUUCUGGGUUCGGAUUAGUAUUUGUAUAAUGAAUGAUUAAUUGUUCUGUGGGCUCGCUGCUAAAUUUUUACAUAUAAUUUGACAGCAAUAUGAAUUAGAAAAAUUGAAAACUAGAUGUCAUACUCGUUAUCCGUUCCCCCUUUUAAUUUUGAUUAUGAGAAAUCUUGUGUAAUUAAUGGUUAGAACAUUCAUUAAUGACAUCCCGUUAAAAAUUAUAAUUGAUACAGAUAAUCCAUGAUUUUUAAUAAUCUCAUUUUUGAUAACAAAUACCCUAUCAUACAUACACCAUACUUUGGAUUUGUUAUUUAGUUCAAUAUUUAUCUGAUUUUAAAUAAUUAUGACCUAUAUGUAUUUACAUAUUUCGUUUGUAAUCAGAAACUCGCUAUAAAUAAAUUUCAUUGUCUAAUCGUAA